CAUACUCCGUCUGGGGCGGGCGCACCACAAUUAAACCACCUUGCUCCCCUCCUUGGCUUCCCGCCCUCCCGUCUUCCCCCGCCCGUGCCUCCUAAAUACACUGCCUGCGAUGCAGUCGGUCGGCCGGCGCAGACAUCGGUCGACUUUCCAACGGACUUUCCAACGGCGGGGGGCCCAGAGCCAUGCCCCUCCUUCUCCCCUUUCCCCCUGCAACCGCCGUCGGAAUCGCCAGAUCGGCGGGCGGCGCUGCGCUCCUACCAGGCCUGCGGAUACCUAUGCCCCUGCGCGUUUGGGGAGGCCUGCAGCGGCAGACAAAAGACGACUUGAGUCAAGGUGGCAUUGGAAAACCAACUAGAAUACUACCUUGAGCGGGCCUGCGUGCGUAGGGUGAGACGUACAUGCGUGCGUGCUUGCUUGCCCUUUGAGUCUGCUGACCCAACCCUUGCAAGGCCCCCCCGACGUCUCUCCCUUUGAUCGCCACCGCCGGCCGCCUACCCACCCUUCCUGUUCCGAGUGCUUGGUUCGCGAUGCCGCGUGCGUGUGAGGCAGGGCGGGAGGAACCAGACCAGACCACCACCAGCGGCCGCAGGGUGGCCAUUGACAGCCACACAACGUGCGUGUGUGUGUGUGUGUGCCACCCGCGUGGCACGAGUGGAGAGCCACGGCCGCACACUCUGCUCUGGCAAGUCCCGUCCGUUCAUCAUCCUACAACGCCUCUUCCCCCGGCCCCGGCCACGGCCACGGAGCUUCGUGGCCAUGCAGCUAGUGUAUAUCCUAUACUGUACUGCUUUGUCUUUUCAGCGCAGAGGAAUGCAGGCAAUGGCAACUCCUGCGUUGCCUUGAGACAAGGACGGCCCGGGCGGGACUUUGAAGCUGGCUUCUACUUCUUUGCGGACACUAACAGUUGAGGAAGCGCUUGGGGGUUCGUCGUUCUAAACACAGUUACAAAACUUUCCCUUGCCAGCGAGCCUACUUUACACGAAGCCGUUUACUUCUGAACAUCUACUACUACUACUGCUAGGCACUAUUCCGCCGUACUACCUUAUUAGUCCCCCCAGGCUCCAGCAAUCGCUCAGGGUGGAGCUGCACAGACCCCUCGGGCCAACGCCAUCAUCAUCGUCCACCGACAACAACGGUAAGGUUGAGCCGAUGUGGCGACCCGCCCGCCCGCCGCCCGCCGCCCACAUACGCACCAAACCCAUGCCAUCCCAUCCAUGCACCCAUCCAUGCUGUACUACUCCUUCGUGCCGUGGCACCUCAUGAGCGCGGGCCUCCCCUCCUGCUAACCUCAGGUAGCACCACAAGGCACCUGAACUGAGCCAACCUAACCUUCUCGGCACCAGCGCUGCCGCCGCCGCCAUAUUCAUGGAUGCCGUCGACAAGGACCAAGACGUUGCAGCCAGACUCUUGAAUGUGGCUUGAACGCCCGGUCCUCCCCCCCGUCCGUCGGGAAACCCAACACCCCCCCUCUGGUCGGCUCUUAUUUUUUGCUUCCCUUCCCUUGGCCGACCUAUCUGUCACCUGGUCGAGCCAUCAGAGACAUCGAGGCGAGGAAUUCCUUCUUCAGCACCGCCGUCUCGCUCUGGACCUCGAUAGCUCGUUGCGCCUCUUCUCUGCCCCCCUUGCGUCGUCGUCCCGUCCAUGCGCGCCCGUCGUCCGCUGUCCAGCAUAAGACGCCUGGUUCCUUGGGCGCGAUCGCUCGUUUCUUGGGUCGCCAUAUGAUUCACUUUUGAGCGCCCGCCCGUCUCUUUGACCCAUCCAUACCUAUUCCCACCCACGUCGAUCCUUGGCCCAUUCAGGCACCGCCUUGAACUCUUUCCUCCUCUCGCAUCGCUAGAGCGCUUCUUCAUUGUCUCGCCACGUUUCUUCGUCCGUCGACUUGCAUUUGCGAUCCCGCAUCUCUUCGCUCCGAGAAAUCCGUCGACAAUGUCCGCGCUGACCGGCGACGAGAAGGUCACCGACGUCGACGUCCGCCAGGCCGGCCAGUCGUUGUCGUCGAGCGACCGGCCUGCUGCGCCAACCGGCGGCCGCGAAUCGGACGCCGACAGCGGUGGUUCCAAGGUCGACGCGGCGUGGAAAUUCCUCAACGAGCAUCGCGACGUCGACCCUGAUCGCGUCGCUGCGGUUGAUAUCAAUGCUCUCCGCCACAAAAUCGAUUGGCACAUUGUGCCACUCAUGUUUUGCUGCUACACGAUGCAAUUCCUCGACAAGGUUAUCCUCAAUUACGCCGCGGUCAUGGGCAUCAACAAGGACUUGAACCUCCAAGGCAACGACUUUUCCAACGUCGCGACGUUCCUCUUCGUCGGCCUGCUCUGCUUCGAGGUUCCCAACAUCUACUUCUUGCAAAAGGUCCCUGCCGCCAAAUGGCUCGGUUUCAACGUCACGUUCUGGGGCGUCGCUACGGCCAGCGGUGCCGCGGCCAAGAACUACCCGACGCUGCUCGUCUCCCGCAUCUUCCUCGGCAUCUUUGAAGCGACCAUCGGGCCCUCCCUGAUGCUCAUCAGCAGCCAGUGGUACACAAAGUCCGAACAGGCGCCUCGCUUCUCCUUCUGGUACCUGGGCCUCGGUCUCGGCCAGAUCCUCGGCGGCGCCGUUUCCUACGCCUUCCAGCACAUUGCGCCCGGCGCGGGCCUUGCCGGCUGGCGCAUCAUGUUCGUCGUCCUCGGCUGCCUGACAGUCGUCUUCGGCCUGUGCACCUUCUUCUUCCUCCCCGACACGCCCAUGAAGGCCCGCUGGCUGUCCAACGCCGAAAAGGUCGCGCUCCUCAAGCACGUCAGCGUCAACCAGACCGGCAUCGACAACAAGAAGUUUCGCGCCAAGGAGAUUGUCGAGGCGCUCUUGGACCCCCAGAUUUACCUUUUGCUCCUGUCCGUUGUCCUGCUUUCCGUCUCUAGCGGUGUCGUCACGACGUAUUCGGCGACCCUCAUCAAGAACCUGGGGUAUCUGCCGAAGCAGGCGGCGCUGAUGAACAUGCCCUCCGGUGUGGUCAGCAUUUUCUUCACCCUAUUGGUCGGGUUCGGCAUUCGCAAACAGUCGCAUCGCUGGGCGUGGAUUAUUGCCUGCAUCAUUCCUGCAAUCAUUGGCGGUGCUUUGAUGUCCUUUUUGAACCCCAAAACCCACCGGUCAGGUGUGCUCGCUGGCAUCUACCUCGUCAAUGCCGUUGUCGCGCCCCUGACCAUCUUUUACAGCUGGACCGUUGCCAACUGCGCCGGCAGUACGAAACGUGCUUUCGCGGCCGCCCUCGUCAGCGGCUCGUUCUCGCUCGGCAACAUCAUCGGCCCUCAGACCUUCCAGGCCAGGGAUGCGCCCGACUUCCUCCCCGCCAAGUUGGCCGUCAUGGGCACGCAGGCCGGAUGUGCGCUGACGACCUUUGCGCUGUUCCUGUACUACGUCUGGGCCAACAAGAGACGCGAUAGCGCGAGCAAGCAGCAGGAAGAGGCCUUCAUGUCGCCCGAGGUGUGGGCCAACAUGACUGACAAGGAGAACAAGCACUUCCGCUACACUUAUUGAGCGGGGGAAGGGGAUGGCGGGAGCAUUGAGUUGCAGAAUCCCGGCUGCGAGUUUUUUUUUAGAUGAAAAAGGGAUUCCUGGAGAGAAUGACUGCGCACUACUUGGCCAAGUCCGAAAAGGAAAGAGCAUUGAAUGCCAUGGCGAUUUGUACCAUUUUUUCACAUGAUAUAGUGCAUAUCUUGAUCAUACCCAAACUUUUAUCCUUCAAGGAGACACUUUUUCA